CCUCUCCCUCCUCUCUUCUUGAGGACAACCACUUUCACGCUCAUACAAGUAGCACACACUCCACUACAAGGCAGAAUGAACAGUGGCGUGUGUGUGUGUGCGCUCCUGGCCGCUCUCUCCGUCUCCUGUCUGGCUCGCCAGCGUUUGCCCCUGGAGCAGGAGGCAGGAAACGCUCUCCCCUCUCAGAUGGAGGUGGGUCUGAGGGUCUCCCGCUCCGAGAGCCUCGCCGGUCCAGUCAAACCCCUGCCCAUCGCUGAAGACCAGGCCGACACCCGGGCCAACCUCAGCGAGCUGCUGGCCAGACUCAUCUCCAGGAAAGGUGGAGAUGUAGGUGCAUCUGCUGCCGUAGAAACACAGGCAAAAAGAAAGCAUGACACACCUGCAAGUUCAAGGAGAGCUCCAGUUCCAGCAUCUGGAAAGAGAGGUUCGACGGUUAACCACCGGAUAAAGGAUCGGGAUUACCUGGGCUGGAUGGACUUUGGUCGCCGGAGCGCGGAGGAGUACGAGUACUCUUCAUGAGGAAACCCAACCCAACAACGGCCGGAUCACCGUCAUAAAUAAAUAAUAUAUUUAUUACUAUUCUUCUUCUUCUUACAAUGAUGAUGAUGAUGAUGAUGAUGAUGUAUUUGAUGUACAUUUGUUUGUAAAUUGAUAUGAUGCAAUAUACACUUAUGCCAAAUUUUUCAGAAACAUCCCUCUCCAUGUUUUUGUUGUUCGUUAUUAUUUUUUUUGAUGUACCGUUUUGUUGUCCUGUCGCUUUCCCAAACGACUCCGGGUCACACCGCGAGAACAAGUCCGUCAACCACCUUAAGCCACGACCUUCUAUGAUGUGUUGAAAUAAAUCAGGUCAGCAUUCAACUUUGGCCUUAAACGCUG